AUGGCUUCAUGGAACAAUGGGGUUGCUUGCGGUCGAGUUUUCCAAGCCUUUGAUUGGAGUGGUAAAGUAUUCACAAAGUUGCUGCAACUUUCUAAUCAAAUGAAUUCUUCGAAACGAAAUGUCAAGCGUAUGCGUAUGGCGUCUUCCAAAAAACGCUCCUCGUUUAUAUUUUUAUUAAUCACAUUAAUUCGAUACGGUACUCAAGAGGUGCGUACAGAACUUAUAAACACAAAAAAUAUAACGACUCCAUUGUUUAAAGGAAUCUUCAACGAUGAACCCGUUGUUUUGAAAGAUCUAUUACAGGCUUGGCUUACAUAUAUAAUUUUAGAUCGUAGCGUGAGUAGAUCUACAAAGGUCUUCUAUUUCAAUGAGUGGUCAUUGAAUUGCGUUCUAAGUCUAUAUUCACGUGAAGAAGAAAUCAAUGGCGUCCCUUUGUACGAACAUGUUCACAAAUUUUUCCUUCGAGCUUGCACUGUACCUGGAGAAGGUCUUUGCUUUUCUUCAGUCGGAUGGCAUGCUCCUCCGAGAUCUGAAGCUAAUAAGACCGUUUAUAAUCGCGUUCUGCAGUCUCUUUUGCCUUCACUACAUAUCUACACCGAUCCUUUGCAACGGGAGCUUUGUCUAAAAGUAUUGGGUGCUUGCCCUGAUAUAUCUGCUUCCUUUUUAGAAAGAAACAGUCUGAAUACUGAGGCAACGCUAAGCUUUCAAUGGAUUUGCUUCACUUCUUUCCUUCAAUCAUUUCUUAACAUGGACUUGCCUAAACCCUUUUUCCGUCCUGAGACCAAUUCCGCUCCCUCUGUUCACAGUAUUGUUGAAAAUACCUUACCGGCUUCAUUUUCGAAGCCUUUGAUGUUGAAGGCAUUAAAUAGUUCAGAUAAACUUGUUUGCUAUCUAGGCUUGAACACACUGUUAUCGGCAUUUAAGAGAUUAAGAGAGAUUUUCGCGACCAUCGACGAAUCCAAACUAGAAUCUGAAAGCAAAAUCUCGUUGACUACGUCGAUUGCUGAUGCUAUAUCAAGUCGUCUCCCUGAUGUGCAAAUAUUUAUCCAGCUGUACACAACAAGUAAGCAUGAACUGUUGACGGAUGCUGUGCUGAAAGUUAUUCUUUCUUAUUAUAUUUUUUUCCCAGAAACUGUGUUGAAACUCAAGAUCAGCAGCAACGUUUUCUUGGGCACUGACUUAUCAUCGGUUUCUUUCGAUCGUCCUUUUUCCCGUUCUCACUUGCAGAGUCUUAUUAAAAUUCUUCAGUUUUUGCCGGACGUCAAGUAUUUUGAGUUGUCCAAUUCUCCUUUCAUUUUCCUGACUUCUCUUUACCUAAAGUCAGAAUACUCUCAGUUGAAGGACGCUGUUAUCAGAGUUCUGGAAGAUGCUUUGGCCGAAACUGAUGUUGUCUCACCAUCUCUUCUAUUAUCUCCAAUUAUACCCAUGUUGCAAGCCUUAGAAACUAUACCUGAUGAGUAUGUUGGCAAUGUCUUGCAGUAUGCCAAUGCGUGUGUAAGUCGCUGUACGUCUCGUGUUUAUGCAUACUUAGACGUUUCUAUAAGCUACUGCAAGGAGUCGCUUUUGGAUUAUCAAGAUGGAAUGGUACCACCGUUUUCUCCGCUUUCUAUAGUGCUUGUUGAGCAGGUACCGUUUCUCUUGAAAGACACUUCAGUUAGUCAAGAUGCCAAAUUGUGUGUUUUAAGUUGGAUAUUUAAAUGCUUGGUAUUUUUUGGCUGCUGCGGUGAAUCUUUUGACUGUCUCUCGAAGUUAUCCACAAAAUUAAUUAGCGUAAAGACUGAUUAUGACUUUGCUGCAAACCGCAUUGCUACAUUUAGUCAAACUAUCGAAAAGUUAGCAGGGAACAUGGAGUUGGGAGAGUCGCUACCAAAUUUAGACUUGCUUUCAUUACUUCUAUUGUGCAAUGAUGAUUUAUUUUGGAAGAAUGUUUCAACUGAGUUUUCUAUUCAACCGAGGUUUGCUCUUCUUUAUUUUUCCGUCUUGUUGAAAAGGCUUGCUAUUGCAUUGAACAAUAGUAAAUCAAACAUGGAACCUCUAUUUAAAUUGCUCUCAGAAAAUGUUCAAGUAUUUAUGGCUUCAACUGAUAGCCAAUCAAGCUUAAAUCUGAGAAAUAUCUUUUCAAGUCUGUUAAACUUACGAAGUUUUGCCAUGCAUCCUGAUUUCAUUGAAUUCAAUAUGCAGUAUGCUGAUUUCCUUCAUGAAACCCAAGCUUUUAAUAGUCAAGGCUAUAUUAGCAAACUUUCAUUUGAAGAAGCAAAAAAAUUUUUCAAUAAUCCAACAGAACGUGAUAUAUGGAAAAUGUCACUCAUUGCUAAGUAUAUGGAACAAUGGUCUCAUGAUCAGAUUGACAGUAUCUGUCAAUCACUUGACACGUUCAUACGAGAGCGUGCCUCGUUUGUCACUAAACACUGUCAGAAUCUUUCACCUAUUUUGUCUAAGUACAUCACUUAUGUGUCGACAAGUAAACACAAAUUAUCGGAACAGACUUUUGGGGUCCUGCUCAAAAAUUCCUUGGCGCAAUUUUCGGAAUUAUCGACGUCUCUAAGUGAACAUUUUUGUCAGUUGAAGGACCAUUUAGAUGUAUCCUGCUUAGAAAAGUCUCUAGAGACUUUAGAAUCUGUGUUGCUUAAGGGUUGUGAUGAUAUAAGAGUAAAUAUAAUAUGCUCUUUAAGUAGUGCAUCGUCUGAAAUUACAUCUAGAUUAUGGAAGCUUUUUCUUUCUAACAAAGAGCUAAGUAAUCAAUUUUGUAAAGAAUACAUUGGGUUAUUUAGCGUUUUGGCUAAAAAGAUUGAUGUUAAUAAUGUCCCUCUGAACGAAGUUGAAGAAUGGUGUACGUUCGUCUUUGAAAUGAAUGAAAAAUUUAUUCUUGAAAAUCCAUCAAUACUUGCUACUGCGUUCCCUGUGGUUUCUCUAGGCAGAGUGAGACCCUCCUUGAUCGACGAAACUAUGGCAAAACUUUCGGAGGAUUAUCUACCGUAUGAAAUUUUUGAGCUUUUGAAGAUCGUUGCAUCAAAACACGAAAUUAUUUCAUCAAAAGCUCCGAAUGUAUGUUCAACUAUAAUGUUAUUGUUGACUCGUGUCUUUUCAAAUAACGAUGAAUUGGAUAAUAACGUGUUUUCCUUCAUUGAUAGCUUUGGUGUUUAUUUAAUUGACAGUUCAGUUAGUGUGGAGAAGGGAAUAAGCAAGACAGUUAUAGACAACUUUUUGGAAUCAGCUUUGAGACAUCUUCAAAGCAAAUCAGUUUUGGAAUUCAUCCUUAAAGUCUUAUUUUCUAUACCAUCGGAACAAUGCAAUUCCUCAAAAGUUCUGCAAAUGAUAUUAGCAAAUGAGAGCAAUCCUUUGUUAUCGGAACGUUCUUCUAGUAUCGAUAAGUCACUUGUUGCUGCUAUUAUUUGUAAGCUUACAAUAAUGGGCAACAAUUAUUCAUUAUCGAUUAUGGAUCAGAUCAUUCAAUUAUGUAAAGGCAGAUACACUCUCCAUGAUUCGAUUCUCUGCGAGCUUCUUCGAUAUAUGGAAGAAAGACUCAAUGUCAGCGCCGCCAGUCGUUACAAAGGUUGGGUUAUCACGAAUGAUGAGGACGUAAUAGCAAUGUCCCUAAAGGAUAAAUCAUCGGUGUUGGAGCCACGUAUGGCUUUGGAAAGUAUUCAUCAUUAUCCUUCAGAUUAUAUACCAAUUCAGCUUGACUCGUUUCAGGAUUUGAAUGUCUGUCAAAAGCUUUUGAAGACGUCAGAGUUCGAGUGGAAUGAAAAAAUCUAUCAUCCGGUAUUUGCAUUGGGUAUUGUUGCGGCAUUAUACCAUACAAAUCCAGAAGUCUCUAAUAUGCAAGUUAUAUUGCAACAACAUUUUCUGGGAUUAAUAAUAAUGGGCCUUUCAUUGCACAAUGAUCAACUAAGAGCUGCUUCUUUUCAUUUCAUUCAGCAUUUUCUUCUGGGGCUAGAAGAUCAAAAGCUUCGCGAAAGGCACUUGGUUAAACUAGCACUUUCAAGUGUAAUCGUCAAUGUGUCUACUCCUAGUCAAAGAUUGAGCACAUUAAUGGCUAACUUUUAUGCUCAGAGUGUAAGUAUAAUUAUGCGGCCCUCACAUCACAUGUUUUUGGGUAUCAAUCGUUAUUUCUUGCAAAGGCAGCACAUAGACAUUACGGACAUUCCUAUGUUUUAUGAACUGUUAUAUCCUUCUUCCGAUUACACGAAAUGUCUUUCUUGGCUAUUAUCGUUAUUGUUGGCGGGUUUACAAAAAGGAGAAGAUUUGAAGCUCUACCUUCGUCGCCAUGUAUUCGAAACAAUAUCCACAUUGUAUGAAUCUUGUGUGGUGAAUAGAGAGAUACAGGAAGCAAUUUCGGAGAUUCUUUUGAGGGUGGACGCACUAGGUGCUGGUGCUAUUUUAAAAAAGCAUAAUGCUGUGUAUUCUUUACUGCAAUUACUUCCGCAUCAAUAUUUGUUGCAGUCCAAAUCAUUUAACACAGCAGAAGCUUAA